UUAGAAGAGUUUGCUGUAACUAUGCGGGCCUCAAAGAGCGAUCCUCUUUGUUAUGGUAACCAAGGGGAAUCGACAACUGUAAUUGAUCAGAAAAUUCAUAUUAGUAAGACUCCUGCCCCAAAUGGAAAGAAAAAUCCACAGUGCGAAGGUAUUGUACAGAGAAAAAUGGAGGAGAAAUACUUCAGCCUUUUGGCCGAGUACAAACGAGUACAGCAACAGGAAUCGGUUAUCAGAAAUAACAUGGCGCUCCUGAGGGCGGAGCUGAUUCUUUGUCAAACUCAGAAAUAUCACAGAGGGCUGCAAGAUUUAGGAAGGAUAACAUUAGAUCCAAUAGAAAUCCGAAGAAUUGAUUCCAAGCGCUCUAGAUUUCAGAGUAACCAAGUGAAACGACCUUACAUAGUACAGAAAUACACCUCAGAGCUCGGAGGCGGUACAUUGAGGCGAAUUCCAAGAAACAUCUCAAAGAUAAGAUAUAACUUACCUACAAUCGCAAAAGAAAAUUCUACAGUCAACUCAAAGACAGUGGCACCGAACAAUGAAGGGAAUUCAUACAUGAGCAAAGACGGCAAGGGUCGGGCGAGCAAGGAGGAACUGUCUCGUGAGAAGUGCCGUUGUUCAAAUUGUAUCGAUUUCCCCCCAACGGUUGUACGUCCACCCCGUAUAUUGAUAAUCAAGAAAACCUCUCAAGUUUACAAAACUAAUUAUAGACUGCAAAAGCAUUCUUUUCCGCCAAUUCAAAAGAAUAAAAAAUCAACUGUGUAAUUAUAAUACGUCUUUAAAAUAAAUAAGAAUAGAAUUUAAAAGAAAUAAUAAUAAAGUUUAAAUUGAUGAUAAUUUAUCAUUUACUGUGGAACAGCAAUCACAAUACAUGAAGUUGUAUUUUGGUCAAAAUACUGACUUGCUUUGAGGGCAAUAUGCAUUUUUUUCAGA